AUGGACGGCCCCGCUGCUGCUCCAGCAACCACAGACACUGAGUUGGGGGUCGGAGUCCUGACAGCCGCUCAGCCGGCUCCUUCUGUUCACGGCUCCGGCUGCUGCUCUGGCCUGAAGCGCAUCCGAGGCUGCUGGGCCAUCCUCAUCAACACUGAAUCCCUCCUGCUCGCUGUGAAACAGAGCCCAGAGGUUGCCAGUCUCUCCCAGCUGUAUGUGGAGAUCUUCAUGCCUGCUCUGCCGGCAGCUUUUAUGUACCAGUUGCAAGGGAAGUAUCUUCAAAAUCAGGGAAUUAUGUGGCCUCAGGUCUUAACUGGAGGCAUUGGAAAUGUCUUCAACGCAGUCAUCAACUACAUCUUCCUUUAUCCUCUGGAGUUGGGGGUCGCUGGAUCUGCUGUAGCCAAUGUGAUCUCACAGUAUUUGCUGGUUUUGUUGCUAUAUGUUUACAUCUGCUGGAAGGGUCUGCACAAGGCCACAUGGGGAGGUUGGUCACUCGACUGUCUGCAGGAGUGGGGUCCCUUUGUCAAACUGGCCAUUCCCAGCAUGUUCAUGAUGUGCCUGUCAUGGUGGAUAUUUGAAAUAGGAGGAUUCCUGGCUGGAUUGAUAAGUGAGGUUGAGCUGGGAGCUCAGUCCAUAGCAUACCAGCUGUGCAUUGUAGCAUAUAUGUUCCCACAAGGAUUCUCUGUUGCUGCCACUGUCCGGGUCGGGAAUGCUCUUGGUGCAGGAAACACAGAGCAGGCCAAGCUGUCUUGCAAAGUCCCCAUUGUGUGUGCAUUCAUUGUUGCAUGUUUUGUUGGAGCUAGUCUCGGCAUGGCCAGAGGAGUCAUUGGAUACAUUUUCACCUCAGAGCAAGACAUUAUUCAGAGAGUUGCUGAUGUCAUGCUCAUAUUUGGUUUCAUGCAUGUUGGUGAUGCCACUGCGGGCGUAGCUGGAGGUGUUCUCAGAGGAGCAGGAAAACAGUUGAUUGGUGCUCUGUGUAACCUGGUCGGGUUUUACUUCAUUGGCUUCCCAAUUGGUGUGUCCCUGAUGUAUGCAGCCAACAUGGGGAUUGUAGGACUGUGGACAGGACUUACCAUUUGUGUAUCACUGCAGACAAUUGUUUUUAUAACAGUUUUGUGCAAACUUGAUUGGAAUAGGACUGCUAAAGAGGCUCUUGUGAGAGCAGGAGUCCAAAUCACAAAAGAAAAAGAAAUCGUUGAGCUGGAACACACUGACUCGAAUCGGAGCCAGGUCCAGGUCAGUACUACUCUAUCCAGCUUUGUGAAUGCUGAGGAGGAUGACGCAGACCUGCAAGUGCAAGAUUCAGGCCACAGUCCACUACAGUCCACUACCACUACAGUGGGAGAUGUUCUGUCAGUAAAGCAGCUGCUUUUACGGCGUGGCCUGACGUUACUUAUCAUGAUCUGCAUCCUCGUUGCUGGAAUUGUACCCAGCAAAUUGCUGGUUAAACUGUUGAAAUGACUCAUCCUAAAGGAUCAGAAAUAUUGUUAACACUGAGACAACUGACAACACUGUGUCAAAGGACUGCAAAGGACUGAGUGUCAAAGAAAUUCACCUUCCCAGUCUGCAGUUCUGUGCAGCUUCCAGUCACUCUCAGCCUUAUGUAUUAGCUUGCUGGUCUGUCUAGCGCUGGCUCUCAGUGACCCCCUCACAUUCGCACUUUUCUGCAAAUGAUGGGAAGCCAAAGUAUGUGACUUGUGACGAGUCAAAAAGCCAAAGAAAACUAGAAAAAACUAGAAAAUUUUUUUUUUAAGCUAGCAGACCAAACCAGGGACAAAAUGCAAGCAAAUAGUGGAAUUGCAGCAUGGAAUGCACAUGUUUCUCUGAAUGCUGGAGUUACAUCCUUCACAUUUUUGUCUUUACGUUAGCCAUACAAACUGUUUUGCUUAAAGCAGUUUUGUGUACAAUCUGUUAAAUAUUGAUUGACAUCACCCACAAUGCAAGUCGACCACUGACAAAGGGGUUGUAGAGAUUUGGGUGAAGGACUGAAUGUCAGUACUCAUCUGAAGUAUCUGUCACUAAAACCUAACUUAAACACUUUAUAAUUAGUAAGAAUGCUAUAAUAUAAUUGUAUAAAUCAAAGUGAAAAAUAUGUUUUGGUGUUACUUUUGUUUUUAUAUCUUAUCUAAAGAUCUCACAACUCUUUGUUUUUUGUAAGUUUAUUUCAUGUCAUUUAUACAGUUUGUUUUAAUUUCGAUGUGUAAUGAAAAGCUUGUGUGACAAAGUCAAUGUUCCUUUGAGUUAUCAAUUGAUUCUGCAAUGCCCAAUUGGUAGUUAUACUGGCUUUUAUGCGUCAACAUGUGUAACUAUGAGUAUGAGCAAGUCAAUUCAGCCUCUACACUUUAAACUGAGCUUUUCUGCCAAAAUAUCAUAAACGUGUUUCAUAAAGAAGGCUUAUUGGGAAAAGCCUGGUUUGUAAAAUGAGCUAUAGUGUAAAUCCUAUCACCAUAAUAAAGAUAACAGAGAUGUGAAGAGAACACAGCAUAAUUGCCAAAGAAUAAACAUAAUAACAUAUAAUGCAAUGGAUGAAAUAUUGUACAAAACCACUGUAUUAAACUAAACCAAAACAUUUGAGGCGAGAUGACCUCUGUGUCAUUAAACUCCACUGUUGACUCAGUUUCUGCCUUCCUUCUACGUCAUCUUUGGUUCACAUUCACUGUGUGAGUGUGAUUUUUUUUUCUCUCUCUGUCAUUACUGUUGAAAAUUAAUCUUACAUGUGCAAGAUACAAGACACUGACUGAAGUGUCACGUAGAAAGGACUAGACAGCUUAUGUAUUAUAAUUUGCAUUUUCUAGCAAUUUAAGUCGUCUGUCAGUUGGAUUAUGCUGCUUGGUCUGUACAAGUGACGCAACAGUCUCAACGUGGUGGAAAUAUUGUUCAAAUACGCUCAGACUGGUGUCUGUAUUGUCCUUUUAAUGAAAGUGUUUUUGGAUGUUUUAUUUUUUAUCUAUUUUAUUUACAAGACAUUUAAAGGGAAAACAAAUGAUGAUGCUGCCGCUGUUAGAGCCAUGCGUCUACAGCAUUUAACAGCUUUAUUUUAAUUUAAGUACUCAUUACGCAAGGAGCAUACAGACAUUUGCAUUAUUAUUAUUAAAUGUGCACAUAACUUCA